GGCACUUCAGCAUUGGCUUCACUUCCCAGACCCGGAGGUUGCCCAAUGAUUUAUACCGAAAACAAGAGGUAGAGGUUUGUUAUGUAAUCAUUGAGACUUAGGUACAUAUACUGUAUAUUGCCCUUAUAUGCAGGGUUAUUAUCUACAGGAGAAUACCUUCAAAGACUGAUUCAUUGAGGACUUCAUGGACUUUUAGGACAUAGAAAAGACAUUUGUACUAUGACUGACAUUACAUCCAUAUCACAACACUUUUCAAAACAAUUAAAAGGUAUAUUUACUAAAGCAAAUCUUAAAAAUCUGAAAGCCAAGAUGGCACAAUAAAUACAGGUAGCAGGUGGGGUAACUAUGGAAAGGUCAGGUCAGUUAUGGGUUUACAUGGUCAUCAGCAAUUUAAUCAUCAAAUGAUGCCGUAAUGAAUUAAGAAACAGUGUUUUUAUUCAUCCAUCUAAUUAAGAACUGGAAGGAACUUUUUCCACACACACACACACCCCCAACACACACACACUCACUCACAGCAGCACAGCAUCCAUUCAAAUCUCCCUGACCAUGUUUCUCAUUACUAACUGGAACAAACAAUCAGCACACACUGCUGCAUAACCAAACUGUAGAAGCCAAGGAUAUAUAAGAUGGAAGCACAACGGAGAAAGAGGAAGAAACGGCGACGAGAAGACUAACAAACAGGUAGCAGAGGAAGAGAGAUGGCUCACUGCAGGAACACGAAUGGCAGCAAACUCUUCACGAUGGUGUUGUAUAUGGUGGCGGCGUGCAGUGCCGUUCCCAUCAGCGACCUGCUCGACCGAGCCUCUCAGCGCUCUGACAAACUGCACUCCCUCAGCACGACUCUCACCCACGACCUGGACUCUCAUUUCCCUCCUAUAGGCCGGGUGAUCAUGCCCCGACCCUCAAUGUGCCACACCUCCUCUCUGCAGACACCCAAUGACAAGGCGCAAGCUCUUCAAGUAUCAGCGUCGGACCUGUUGUCAUUGGCUCGCUCCUUGCUCCAAGCCUGGGCAGACCCCCUGUUAGUCCUGUCCACCUCUGCUAACACCCUGCCUCACCCAGCCCAAAGCACCAUAUCCAACAAGAUCCAACAGCUGCAGGAGCACUCCAAGAGCCUGGGAGACGGCCUGGAUAUUCUAUCUGGCAAGAUGGGUCCAGCGGCUCAGACCAUCUCCUCGCUGCCCUAUAGCGGAGGCAACGACAUCGGCCAGGACAAGAUUUCCAAAUUGAUCAACUUCAAUUUCCUGUUGUCCUGCUUUCGCCGCGACUCCCACAAGAUCGACAGCUUCCUGAAAGUCCUACGCUGCCGGGCGGCAAAUAUGUUACCUGAGAUGUGCUAAAGAGUCAGACAGCUUGAUUUUUCUCAAAGCUUGUAUUGCCUACCAACUAGAGAUUAGCGCGUGCUAGGAAUCUGCUAUCUGAGCUAAUAUCCUAUAAUAAGUAGUUGGCAUUUCUGAGCUUCCAGAAGGUGAAGAUAAGGAGGAGUUACAUGGCACACAGGAAAUCACAGUUUGUUUGACACCUUUUAGCCAUCAUGGUGCGCAAAAAACAUUGACUUCUCUAAUACAAUAGCUAAAUUUGAGCUCUUAUUCAUUUUGAUCGAAACAUUUCCCUUGUAAAUCUUCAAAAGGGGCAAAAGUUGUAAUUCUUAAACAGCUUCCUUAUUGACUUAAAGGUUAAAACAAGUUAAGACAUUUCAGAUAGGGGAGCAACCCAGUAAACCUAAAGGCUUAUACUCGUGUCAAGUCUUACUAAUGAGCACGGAGCAUGGCUCGCAUACUUCCCCAGAUGUUUCCAGCUGGUCUGGCAUUAUGAACUGAUCAUAUUGUGGUGACAAACUGUGGUAAACUGGUGUGUUAUUUGCUCCUUCUGGUCUUGUCCUUCUACUAAAGCUUUAUACUCAUUUGUGGUGGCAGAUAUGACGGUGUGACAUAUGAGUCACACCGUCAUAUCUUCGAGUCAUUCUUCACACCGGGAGGCUUCAACGGAGAAUAACGUUCUCUUCCUAACUAAUGCUCAACUGCAGCAUUUGCACUUUAGAUUUGAUUACACUUUCCUGAAAGCCUUUUGAACGCGAUGCUUAUCAAUGUGAAUAUUUCUGUUCAUCAAUAAAUAACUAUGUCUUG